GGCAAACCAACCGCUGCGGCCUAUGCGGCCUAGCUUUCUGGCCAGAACUCAUAUAACAAAACGGUCGCAGCCAUGGCUCUGAAGAUUGCCACAAACUCUGUCCGUCCCUGCACUGCUGCGGCGCCCAGCAGGGUGGCUGGCGCGGUGCAUUCAACGCGGGCUGCGUGUCCGCUGCCGGGCGCCGCGCAUGCCUGGCGCCACACACGCGCGCCGCCUGCGGCCCGGCCGCUGCUGGUCAUGGCGCCGCUGCGUGCCGCCGCAGUGGAGGCCCCGGCGGCGCCCCUCACCACGCCCGCCGCGGCUCAGCUGUACCUGCUUCACUGCCACCUGCCCGCCGCGGCGUCUCAGGCCACAGCCCUGGCCAAGCUGCACGGCGACCUGCGCACCAUGGAGAAGGUGUCCAAGGAUGCCGCCUGGUUUGCAUCGGUGGAGGCAAGCGAUGGCGAGCACGUGCUGAUGGUCACGGACAAUGCCAAGCACGCCAAGAAGUACGGCCUGCAGGCGCUGCCGCGCGAUGUGGCGACUUACUCAGUGGAGCUGGGCGGUGCCGGUGACGAGGCCCGCCGCGUGGAAGUGCCGCUGGCGGAGCUGGCCGCGGCACUGGCCGCGGAGAUGAGCUCUGACUCCGACUCGGACGAGGAGGAGGAGGGGAUGGCGAUGGGCGGCGCCGCCGUGGCGGUGGCGGCUGGCAUGGCCAUGGAGGACAAGGCCACAAGGAAGGCGCGCAAGGAGGCGGAGAAGGCGGAGAAGGAGCGGAUGAAGGAGGCGAAGAAGGCGGCUAAGAUGGCGAUGAAGGACAAGGAGGAUGACAGCGAUGACGAGGAGGAGGACAAGGAGAAGGAGAUGAAGAAGAAGGAGAAGGAUGAGAAGAAGGCGGCCAAGGCGGAGGCCAAGAUGUUGGAAAAGAAGAAGGACAAGGAGUUGAAGAUGGGCAAGGAGGAUGACAGCGAUGAUGAGGACGAAGGCGACAAGGAGGAGAAGAAGAAGCGGAAGGAGGAGAAGAAGGCGGCCAAAAUGGCGGUGAAGGGGAAGGAGAAGGAGGACGACAGUGAUGAUGAGGAGGAGGAGAAGAAAGGCAAGAAGGAGGAGAAGGAGGGUAAGAUGGGCGCCAAGGCCAAGGCAAUGGUGGCGGCGGGCGGUACGCAGGCGAUGGAGGACGAGGAGAGCAGCAGCAGCACCAGCGAGUCAUCUGGGUCGGAGGACGAGGAGGCGUGUGAGACGGGAGCGGCGAAGGAGAUGCAGGCGGCACCGGGCGCGGAGGGCGGCGCCCUGCCCGCGCCCGCACCGGUGGCUGCCAUGCGGGACGACGGCGAGGAGAGCAGCGGCUCUGAGAGCGAGUCGGAUGGGGAGUCCAGUGACGAGGAGGGGGUUGUGAUGCCGGCCAUGCAGCCAGCCGUGCCGGUGCAGGCCUAACUCGAGCCUAAUAUGUUCAACCUUGGGCAGGAAGGCGGGGCAGCCCCGCGGCUGUGUUUCUGCUUUGCCACCGUGCGCAUGUACGGGCGUGUUUACCAAGGUGUUUGUUUGCCCCUUUUGCGGGGCUGGUGUAGGGCUGUGUGGGUGUUACUGUGGGCGUGUGUGGGCAUUGGCUCGAGUGCGUGGUGAGGACUGACGGCUUACCCAGGUGCGGAUAUAAAAGUUAUCUAUAGUACCGGUUAUAUGGCGGCUCGGUUGCAGGUUUGUGUAGGCGCUUUGUUCGACGCCUGGGCCUGGGCCCUGGGGGCACCCGUGGGGCACCCGUCUGAGCCGCUUUGUGCCCUGAAGGAGGAGCUGUCAACACCUACGGGUUCGUUGAGCGCUGGUCCCUGUCGUACACCGUUCCGGUACUCGCCUGCGAUAGGCAUGGGCUUAACACAUUGCUGCUUAGUGUGGGAAUGCGGCAAAAGCGUCGGGCCGUGGGGGCUCAUGUGCUCCCGGCGGGUCGGACACAUACGCGCUGGCAACAUGUACCCAGGCGGCCAGGCGUGUUGCCUUGUCGUUGCUGUGUCUGUGGAGGGGCUCAACCCCUGUUCCCGUGACCGGGAAACACUUGUCGGAGGGUGUAUGAUUGGACUGGUGACUGUCGUGCUGUCGCAAUUGGCAUGAUUACCGGUACGGUAG